UUUCUUCCCCAAAUUUGAAAUUUCCAACGUCUGAAUAACGUUCAAGCCGCCAUUCGGCUCCGAUCACUGCUCCUCAAUCCCACCCACCACUAAAAUUUUCCACAUAACUAUUCCCCCUCGGAUUCUCCCCAAUUCUCUACCGUAACAACCUUUAACGCCAUGGCUUCUGACGGAUUCCGACCGCUGGACGAGAAGUCGUUGGUGGAGUAUGUGAAGGCUACGCCGUCUUUGGCUGCGAAGCUGGGGAAUCAGUUCGACAAGCUGGAUGUCAGAGAAGUAGGCGAUGGAAAUCUCAACUUUGUUUAUAUUAUCGUUGGCGAAUCAGGUUCUUUGGUCGUCAAACAGGCUCUGCCAUACAUUCGUUCUAUAGGUGAAUCAUGGCCGAUGUCGAAAGAUCGUGCCUACUACGAAGCCAUAACAUUGCAAGAACACUGUAGAUUGUGUCCUCAACAUGUUCCUGAAGUCUAUCAUUUCGAUAAGAAGAUGUCUCUGAUUGGCAUGCGAUUUGUCGAACCACCUCAUAUUAUCCUACGAAAAGGAUUGAUUGCUGGAAUCGAGUACCCUUUACUAGCCGAACAUAUAUCAGAAUACCUGUCCCGGACACUGUUCUAUACCUCUCUGCUUUAUAUGAACACCACAGAUCAUAAAAAUGGAGUGGCGAACUACUGUGGGAAUGUGGAGUUACGUAGGCUUACCGAGCAGGUUGUCUUUUCGGAUCCAUACAGGGUUGCUGAAUUCAAUCGUUGGACGAGGCCUUACCUCGAUGAUGAAGCUCAGGCAGUUCGGGAGGAUAACAUUUUGAAGCUAGAAGUUGCCGAGUUAAAGUCUAAGUUCUGCGAGAGAGCGCAAGCUCUGAUACACGGCGACCUCCACACAGGUUCAAUCAUGGUCACGGCUGACUCGAUGCAAGUCAUAGAUCCCGAGUUUUCCUUUUACGGCCCAAUGGGGUUUGAUGUCGGAGCUUUUAUUGGGAACUUGAUCUUAGCUUAUUAUUCUCAAGACGGGCAUGCAGCCGCCGGUGCUGAUCGCAGAUCAUAUAAAAAGUGGAUAUUGAUGGCGAUUGCGGAUACUUGGAACCUCUUCUUCAAGAAAUUCGCUGCUCUUUGGGACAAACAUAAGGACGGGCCUGGCGAGGCGUAUCUGCCAGAGAUUUACAAUAAUCCAGAAGCCCGGUUGCUCGUAAAACAAAAGUAUAUGGAAGAGCUCUUCCAUGACAGCCUCGGAUUCGCGGCUGCAAAAAUGAUCAGGAGAAUCGUAGGUGUAGCUCAUGUGGAAGAUUUUGAAGCAAUCGGAGAGGCUGCUCCGCGCGCAGAAUGCGAGCGAAGAGCUCUUGGCUUCGCGAAAACUCUUCUGAAGACGCGACAAACAUUCCAUGACAUAAGCCAAGUUGUUUCUGCGAUCGAGCUGCACGAUGAAGCAGUGUAAGCCCUGAUUAUUCUUUCUGUGUACAUGUUCAGGCAGGCUUUCCUGUGUAGUGUCUGAAAACGUUAUGUUGCAAUAAUGGAGUGCGUCCGCCAUAGUUAGUCGAGCACAAGAACAAGAUGACUGCCCUGUCCUGUCUUGUCCUGUCAUCCUUUGUGAUGUUCUAUUAAUUUCUAGCUGUAACAUUUGAUAUACAUUGCUAUAGUUUCGUUUGUAUUGUAUACUAUGGGAAUAAAGGGUCGGUCUGUUUUAUUAGAUGGAA